AUGAUUAAUUCAAGAUUAUUACAAGAUCCUGCAAGUUUACGUCGUAAGAAAGAGUCUAGACGUGGUAUCAAUUAUACCAUCUUAUUAGUAGGUGGAGAAAGCACCGGGAAAACCACAUUUGCCAAUAAUUUAAUGGAAUGUAAUGUUUUACCUCAUAGAUAUUCCGAUCAUUCUUCAAAUUUAAAUAAUAAUAUUUUAAAUUCAAAUGUUAAAUUAAUUAAACCCACUCAAUUGAUUUCGUUUACUGCUAAAGAUGGCAUUCCAUCUUUAAUCAAUGAAUUCAAUCCUUCUAUUGCUAGUAUUGAACCAGGUAUCACUAUCACUUCUACUUCUUUAGAAAUCUCUUCAAAUCCUCUAUCAAAUAACUCUGAUGAAGAUAUCUUAUUAUUCAAUAUUAUCGAUGUUCAUGGAAUAGGUGAAAAUUUAGAUAAUUCAAAUGCAUUUACAGAAAUCACUUCAUAUUUAGAACAACAAUUUGAAACUGUUCUUGCUGAAGAGACAAGAGUUAAAAGAAAUCCAAGAUUCGAAGACACAAGAGUUCAUGUGGCUUUAUAUUUCAUUGAAGCUACAGGCCAUGGUUUAAAAGAUUUCGAUGUAGAAAUGAUGAAGAAAUUAUCUCGUUAUACAAAUGUCUUACCAAUCAUAUCAAAAGCAGAUUCUUUUACUCCACAAGAAUUACUUCAAUUUAAAAAAAAUAUUUUAUUUGAUAUUGAUCGAUAUAAUGUUCCUAUUUUCAAGUUUGAUUUAGAAAACAAUCAAGAUCAAUACCUUGAAGAAGAUGAUUAUGAAACUUUAGAAGAAAACAGACAUCUGGCUGAAAUUCAACCUUUUUCCAUAAUUUGUUCAGAUGAAAAAGAUUCUCAAGGCAAUUAUAUAAGACAAUACCCUUGGGGUACAAUCUAUAUUAAUGAUAAUGAUUUAGAAACUUCAGAUUUAAACAUUUUGAAAAAUGUUUUAUUUGGUUCUCAUUUACAAGAAUUCAAAGAUAAUACUCAAAAUUUCUUGUAUGAAAAUUAUAGAGCUGAAAAAUUAUUAGCUGUAACAAAUGAUUCUACAAAUGGAUAUGCAGAAUCGUCGACUAAUCCAUUAAAUUCAAAUGAUAAAGCCUUAAAGAGACAAUCUGCAGCUCCAAGUUUAAGCAAUUUUGCUUCUCUAGUUAAUACAGGGAAAUUCAAAUCUUCAAAUGAUUUAUCGAUGACAAUGAAUGAAGAAUUUUCUAAUGAUCAAAACGUAUCAAAUGAAACACCACAAGCUACUCCAAAGAUUAGUCAAGACUCUGAAAUUAAUGAAAAUAUAAAUCCAAAUACGAUAGCUUCAUCUCCAGAAAGAAUAAAAUUAAGAAAUAUUUCCGAAACUAUACCAUACGUAUUAAGACAUGAACGUAUUCUAGUUAAACAACAAAAAUUACAAGAAUUGGAAGCUAAAUCUGCUAAAGAAUUACAAUUGAAAAUUAUGCAAUUAGAGAAAAAAGCUCAUGAUUUGAAAUUAAGGGAAAAAUUAUUAUUAAAACAAAAAUUAAAUAAUAUGAAUGACUCGACUUCUUCUUUUGCGACAGCAUCUACAACAAAUACACCAAGUACUACUGCUCAUUCUUUUAUAAAAAAAGAAGAAACUUUAACCGACUUAUCUUCAAUUGUUUCUGCAAGAGAUUAA